AUGCUUCAAUUAGAUGCAAAAAAUCUUUUGGUAGAAGAUGCUUUUCUCGAGGCGUUUGACACUGAUUACGUUCCAGCUACAUUAGACAGAAUUAUCACUGAUUUUGAUUUUACUACUUACCAUAUUUCAACUCCUGAGUCUAAAGAAAAAUUACUUUUUUCGAUCAACAUCAAAUGCUGGAAUGACCUUGUCAAAUAUGGCGUGUUUCAAAUAUUGAAAGAUAAGUAUGAUGAGUUGAUUAUACUCACGGAACCUGAGGCUGGAUGGAAUUUUAGUUUAUAUGUCGACCUGACUCAAUUCAAACUCGCAAACAACGAAAACAAGAAAGAAUUAGCAUCGAGGUUAUCUCUGCUAAAAUCGCAUUGUUUCUCAGCUCCGUUUUACAAGGCAUUUAACAGACACGAUAUCUUGGCUGCCGAGGGGCCAGUUGAUCCAAACAAUAUUUAUGGCGAAGAUAUUAGUACUGUCACCGAAGAGGUAUUCGUUUUGAAUUAUCGUGACUCGGAGGUUAUAUACAUUAAACCAUCGAAUGACCGGGUUACUGUUAUUUUCUCCACAGUUUUCAGAGAUGAAACGGAUAAGGUAUUUUCCAAAGUGUUCCUUCAAGAGUUUAGCGAUGCCAGAAAACGUUCCAUUCAAACGGCUCCGCAGGUGAUAAACUCACAUAGAGAACCGCCAUUGGAAAUCCGUAACCUUACAAGCAAUCCUUUUAAUGAGACAACCGGUGAAGAGAAGACGUAUAUUACAUUUGUACUCUUCCCUAGACAUUUUUCCUCCGUGGAUGUAAGAUGGAACACUAUUCAACACAUCCAAUUGUUUCGCUCAUACUUUCAUUAUCACAUCAAGAUAGUUAAAUGCUUUUUACACCAGCGAAUGCGUUAUCGCGUAAGUGAGUUCAUGAAAGUAUUGAACCGUGCUCGUCAGGAUAGCAUAGAUGAAGAGAAGGAAAGGAAGACAGUAAGUGGCCGGAGAUUUGAAUUAAGAAGUUAA